AUGCCUCCUCAACACGCGUUACGCGGCGCGAUAUCGUCGCCUUCAUUCCGUUCCAUCCUCCCAUCCUGCAUCUCCCAUCCCGCGGCCCGCGCCAUUCAAACGGCCAUUCAUUCGAUAGCUCAUCCGGAAGCACACUCGGCAGCACACUCGGCAGCACCCUCGGCAGCACCCUCGGCAGCACACCCGGCAAAGCACCCAGCAGCACACCCGGCAAAGCACCCAGCAGCACACCCAGCAGCACACCUGGCAAAACACCUGGCAAAACACUGGCAAAACACCUGGCAAAACACCUGGCAAAACACCUGGCAAAACACCUGGCAAAACACCUGGCAAACACCCAUCAUCAAACCCAGCAACACACCUAGCAGCACCCUCGGCAGCACACCCAGCAGCACACCCAGCAAAACACUCAGCAGAACACCCAGAAGCACACCCAGAAGCACACCCAGCAGCACAUCUGGCAAAACACCCAGCAGCAAACUCAGCAGCACACCCAGCAGCACACCAGGCAGCACACACACGCAGCAGAACACCUGGCAGCACAACCGACAGGACUGUCGACAGCAUCCCGGUAUCACAUUCGACGUCAUAAUCGUGGCCAUGGCACCCGUCGAAGACGACCCGACGGACCAGGGCACGCUGUCCACAAUCUCUCUCCUCGAGUCACGGCUCCUCCGCAUCGAGCACAUCCUGUACGGACCAGCAGCGUCCUACCCUCCUCCGGCACACCAUGAAUCGGCCGUGCGGAGGAUGGCCGAUGCCGAGAGGCGCUUGUCCGUGAUGGUGUCGAAUGUUCGCGUCUACGGCGAGCUCCUCAAGAUUUACAGAGCACACCCGAGCUUCUUCCACACCCCUCCCGCCGGCGAGCCGCCUUCGCAACUCCCCACCGACGCCGUACGAUCCAUCGUCCUUGCCUCAGCCUCGUCCUUCACCGCCACAUUGUCAUCCCUCACGGCCAUCAAGGAUUGCCCCAUCCCCGAUGCAUCUGCUAGCACCACUCUCGUAUCCCUCGAAAAACGGAUAAAGGCCAUCGAGGCGACCCAGCUUGCCCAGACGGCCGACGUGGCCAUGCUACGCCGCCGAAGUGAGGCCGUCGUCCGGUCGUGGUACGAGGGAACCCUUCUGAGCAGCUCCCGAUCCGUCGCCGAGGUCCAAGGCCGUAUGGAGAGGGUGGAACGGCAAGCGAGAAGAAAGGAGCGGGCACGGGAAGAGGAGAAGCAAAUCUAA